UCCUUUUUAAUUUUACUAGUAUAAGACGUGAGAGGAAGUCGCCGGAGAAAGUGGUUAAAGUCCCUUGCUUUUAUCCAACCGCCGUCGAUUAACCCUCCCUGGAGACAACAAACCGUUCUCUUUCAAAAAACCAAUCUCUUUCCAGAAAGAGUUAGUUGCGGAGAGAGAGAAAAAAAGAAGAAGGUUGGUUCGGUUCUCUCUUUCUCUCUCUCUCCUUACCCCCGAGUAUGGUGAGAGUACUACUUAGCAGUAAUGGAAAGAACAAGAGACUUAAAAACCCCCUCUCUCUCCUAUUAAAACCCCAUCGGUUACACAAUUUCUAAAGAGAGAGAGAGUUUAGGAAUCUGUAAUGAAUGUGAAGAAGAAGCAAAAAAGAAAAAGGGAUUAAGAGAGGAGAAAGAAACCACUAAUGGCGGCUUUAGAGUGAGAGGCUUAGAGCAAGUAGAGUUCAUCACACCCUCCUCUCUCUAGGGGGUGACAUUAUUACGGCCUAAAAACAGAGUUUUCUUCUCUCCUUUAUUUUAGCUGAAAUUAUAGAGCAAAAAAAAAUCAAUCAAUCUUCAUUUCAUAUCAAUGAUUUGUUGCCUUAAUCAAACCCUUUCACCUCCCGUAAUCACCGCCUCUCUCAGAUUCUCUUCCGUUUCGUUUUCCUUUUAACCUCUCUCUCUCUCUCUCUCUCUCUCUCUCUCUCUCUCUCUCUCUCCCUUCUUGUAGGUGCAAAAACUUUAUCUCUCUUUCUCUGUUUCUAGUGGGUCUGCGUUAAUGGCGACAGUGGUGUAAAUGGACCAUUAACAGUUUGUGGUUGGGUGAAAACUAAGUAACAAAAAAUAAAAAGAGUCUUUACUCUUUCUCUUCUUUGUCUAAAGAGGAUGAGUUUCGUCGUCGGGGGAAGUGGUAGCGGCGGAGGAGACGGCGGAGACGGUGAUGGUGGUGGUAGACAACGUCACGACGCGUCUGAAACUGAUAGGAAGAAGAAACGUUACCAUCGUCAUACCGCUCAACAGAUUCAACGCCUCGAAUCGAGUUUUAGGGAGUGUCCUCAUCCAGAUGACAAGCAGAGGAAUCUACUCAGCAAAGAGUUGGGUUUGGCUCCGAGACAGAUCAAGUUCUGGUUCCAGAACAGACGAACUCAGCUUAAGGCGCAACAUGAGAGAGCAGACAACAGUGCACUAAAAGCUGAGAACGAUAAGAUUCGAUGCGAGAACAUUGCCAUCAGAGAAGCUCUCAAGCAUGCUAUAUGCCCUAACUGUGGAGGCCCUCCCGUUAGUGAAGAUCCUUACCUAGACGAGCAAAAGCUCCGCAUGGAAAACGCUCAUCUCAGAGAAGAGCUUGAAAGAAUGUCCACCGUUGCCUCAAAGUACAUGGGAAGACCAAUCUCAUCUCACAUCUCAACUCUACAUCCAAUGCACAUCUCACCGUUGGAUCUCUCCAUGACUAGUUUAGCUGGUGGUCCUUCGCUUGAUUUCGAUCUUCUUCCGGGAAGCUCCAUGUCUAGCAACUUUGCGGUAUCUGACAUGGACAAGCCUAUUAUGAACGACAUUGCUUUGACUGCUAUGCAAGAACUGCUCAGGCUUGUUCACACAAACGAGCCUCUGUGGAGUGGAUCAGAUGGAUGCGGAGAGGUUCUCAAUCUUGGAAGCUAUGAGAAUGUUUUCCCAAGGUCAAGUAACCGAGGGAAGAACCAUAACGUUAGAAUCGAGGCGUCUAGGUCCUCUGGUAUUGUUUUCAUGAAUGCUAUGUCGCUUGUCGACAUGUUCAUGGAUAGUGCCAAGUGGGCAGAGCUGUUUCCUUCAAUCGUUGCAGCUUCUAAAACGCUUGCAGUGGUUUCUUCAGGAAUGGGAGGUGGUACCCAUGAGGGUGCAUUGCAUUUGAUGUAUGAAGAGAUGGAAGUGCUUUCUCCACUAGUAGCAACACGCGAGUUCUGCGAGCUACGCUACUGUCAGCAGAUUGAGCAAGGGAGCUGGAUAGUUGUCAACGUCUCAUAUCAUCUUCCUCAGUUUGUUUCACACUCUCACUCCUAUAGGUUUCCAUCUGGAUGCUUGAUUCAGGACAUGCCUAACGGAUACUCCAAGGUUACUUGGGUUGAGCAUACUGAAACCGAAGAGAAAGAACCGGUCAAUGAGAUGUACAGAGAGAUGGUUCACAAAGGGAUUGCUUUUGGAGCUGAGAGAUGGGUUACUACUCUCCAGAGAAUGUGUGAAAGAUAUGCUUCUCUAUUAGCACCAGCAGCUUCAUCCCUCGGUGGAGUGAUUCCAUCGCCGGAAGGGAAGAGAAGCAUGAUGAGACUAGCUCAUAGAAUGGUUAGCAACUACUGUAUAAGUGUCAGCAGAUCUAACAACACUCGCUCAACGGUUGUUGCGGAGCUGAACGAAGUUGGUGUCCGUGUGACUGCACAUAAGAGCCCUGAACCAAACGGCACUAUCCUCUCUGCUGCUACCACCUUCUGGCUACCAAACUCUCCUCAAAACGUCUUCAACUUCCUCAAAGACGAAAGAACACGUCCUCAGUGGGAUGUUCUUUCGAAUAGUAACGCGGUUCAAGAAGUUGCUCAUAUAGCAAACGGAUCACAUCCUGGAUGCUGCAUAUCGGUUCUACGUGCAUCGAGUGCAUCACAGAGUAACAACAUGCUGAUUCUACAAGAAACCUCAAUAGACUCAUCAGGAGCACUUGUUGUGUACAGUCCUGUGGAUUUAUCAGCGCUGAACAUUGCAAUGAACGGCGACGAUACGUCAUACAUUCCAAUCUUGUCCUCAGGCUUCGCAAUCUCACCAGACGGAAACCGCAAUAGUCCAAGUGCUGAGCAAGGAGGAGCCUCAUCGUCAAGCGGUUAUGGAGGAGGAGGGUCAUUGAUAACGGUUGGGUUUCAGAUAACGGUUAGCAACUUACCGUCUGCUAAACUUAACAUGGAGUCAGUAGAAACGGUUAAUAACCUGAUUGGAACCACAGUGCACCAGAUUAAAACCGGGUUGAACAACUUUCCUAGUGCUUCAACUACAGUUUGAUGCAACAACCAAUUAAAAGCUCUUUUCUGCUUUUUUCUUCUGGGUGUCUCUUUCUCUUCAAUGAUGGAUCAGAGAAAGUGAAUGCCAUAGAGAGAGAGAGAGAAGAAAAGACAUUAACUUCAACUUGUUCUGUUCUUGGACAAAACCUCAUUUAAACAACCAGCUGGAUUCUUACUCACCUUCCUCCUCCUCAUCAUCUCUCUUCAUUUGUUGUUUCUUUUAAUGAGAUUUUUAGGUUUUUUUACUAUUAUUAUUGUUUUUGGUUAGAAACUGGAAGUCAAGAACGCACCAUGCAAGUUCAAACUUUCUUUGUAUGGUUCGGGUAUUGACUUCUAUCGCAAGGUUUUUGUUUCUUUGUUACAGUUAAAAGCUUUUAAACUUUGUUCAUCUUUCUAUUAAAAUGGUAUGUGUUCUGCUUUUGCCUUUUUCUUAAA